AUUGUUGAUCGAUCACCUCAGCAGCCUUGUAAAUCUUAUAUAAAUGUACAUGACAAAGUUAACAUAAGCAGCAGAUCCAAGAGCAAUAUUUGGUAGUGUGAGAAGAUCAGGAUUCAGAACAGGGUAACCAAUGUCUAAGCCAAGGUUAGAGGGUAAGGUAGCCCUUAUCACGGGUGGAGCAAGCGGAAUUGGUGAGGAGGCAGCCAGAUUAUUCGCUGAGAAUGGAGCUUUUGUUGUUGCCGCCGAUGUUCAAGACGAACUGGGUCAUCGAGUUGUUGCAUCAAUAGGUACAGAAAGAGUUACUUAUCGCCACUGCGAUGUAAGAGAUGAGAAACAAGUUGAGGAAACAGUGAGUUACACUCUGGAGAAAUAUGGCAGCCUGGAUGUCCUGUUCAGCAAUGCCGGAAUCAUGGGGCCCUUGACAACCAUCCUAGAGCUUGACAUCGACGGUCUCGACGACACCAUGGCGACAAAUGUUCGUGGAGUGGCUGCAACGUUCAAGCACGCGGCUCGUGCCAUGGUGGGCAGAAAUAUACGCGGAUCCAUCAUCUGUACUACAAGCGUGGCAUCCUCGAUCGGCGGAAGCGGUCCGCAUGCAUAUACUACGUCGAAGCAUGCUCUUGUCGGUCUAGUCCGGUCGGCUUGCAGCGAGCUUGGGGCUUAUGGGAUUCGAGUCAACAGCAUUUCCCCAUUCGGAGUCGCCACGCCUCUUUCAUGUAUGGCUUACAAUCUGGAACCGAGUGAGGUGGAAGCUAAUUGUAGUGCCGCCGCCAACCUGAAGGGUGUUGCGUUGAAGGCUAGGCACGUUGCGGAGGCUGCUCUGUUUCUUGCUUCUGAUGAAUCAGCUUACAUCAGUGGCCAUAACUUGGCCGUGGAUGGAGGGUUCACGGUAGUUAAUAACAGUCCGGCGGCUGUCUAAGAAUUAAUUAAUAUUACUGGUUUGUCACAGUUCCUCUGAUUAACGAGCUAGAGCCAGCCAAUAUUUUAUGUAUGAUUGGCUUCUUUGUAUAAUUGAAAUGAAUUUUACUUUUUUGGAAGUCAAACCUUGUUACCAGCACUUCCCAUGUGCAUUUUCCUUGUAAUCGGCAAUGUCUUAUUUUUUUUUUUUUUC